AUGGUCGAUAUCAACAUUCAAACUACCAUCUCACCAUACACUCAAGAACCAGUCUGUACCAGACCGUUAUUAUCAGAAUCAGAAUUGGAUAAUGUCAUUGCUGAAAGUGUCAAAGCUCAAAAGAGCUGGAAGAAAGUACCUUUAGAAGAGAGGGUAGCUAUCGCGAGGAAAUGGCUCACUGAAUUUGAAGAGAUAGGAGAUGUAGCAGCUGAAGAUCUCUCAGUACAGAUGGGAAGACCUAUCUCAUCAACCAGAGGAGAAAUUAACGGUACAAUCUGGAGAGCAAGACAUAUGAUCGAUAUCGCCACUGACUCUCUAGCUCCAAUCCCUCAGCCUAAACCUGAAGUUGAUGGAGUAGAGAAAUGGAUCUACAAGCAGCCUAUUGGAGUCGUACUUGUCUUAUCACCGUGGAACUACCCUCAUCUCUGUCUUGUCAAUGCUGUCGUAGCAGCCAUCUUAUCGGGAGACUCGAUCAUCAUCAAACCUGCUCCUCAAACGCCGUCUCCUGCUGAAAGAUGGGUUUCAACCUGGACUUCAGCUGGUUUACCUGCCAAUGUCAUCCAAGUCGUUCAUCUUACUCAAGAUAGGACUGUCGAUCAAUUAUGUCAAGAUCCAAGAAUCGAUUUCAUCUCUUUUACUGGAAGUGUAGCUGGUGGUAGAGCUGUUCAACAAGCUGCCAGUCAAGGAAAGGGUUUCAAAGGAAUAUGUCUGGAACUAGGUGGGAAUGAUCCUGCCUAUGUUAGAGAAGACGCAGAUAUCAAAUGGACAGCAGAGAAUGUCGUCGAUGGUGUUAUGUUCAAUUCUGGUCAAUCUUGUUGUUCCAUCGAAAGAGUAUAUGUUCAGUCAUCGAUUUACGACGAAUUUGUGAAAGCCUUCGUAGAGGUAGCCAAAACAUACAAGCUCGGUGAUCCUUCCGAUCCCAAGACGAGCCUUGGACCGGUGGUCAGUGUCGCUAGCGCAGCUAGAAUUAGGAAACAGGUUUCUGAGGCUGUUUCUGCUGGAGCUCAAGUCGCUUUGGAUGAGUCUGAUUUCCCUGAGGCUAAGGAAGGUACAGCUCUUGUUGGCCCUACAGUUUUGACUAACGUAGAUCAUACUAUGGAGAUCAUGGUCGAAGAGACUUUUGGACCUGUAGUCGGAAUUAUGAAAGUCGAAGGCGAUGAAGAGGCUUUACAAUUGAUGAAUGAUUCAAUUUAUGGUUUGACUGCUUCUGUAUGGACCAAUCCAACGGAUUCUCAAUCAUUAGCAGCCUUUGACCACCUAUCCGAGGAGUUACAAUGUGGAACAGUCUACUUGAACAAAUGUGAUUCCCUCGAUCCUUCUUUACCAUGGCACGGGUGGAAGAACUCUGGUCAAGGUGUAUCAUUAUCCCAUCUAGUAUAUGAUGCUGUUACCCACAAGAAAUCUGUUAUGAAGAGAGUUGAAGUAAAGGAUGUUUACGAGAAGAAGUGA